AUGUCGACAGGGUUCGGCACGUUCACGGCAACCACUCUCAGCAUGGACGACAUGGGUUAUUGCUAUCCUUUGAGUGGAGGCACCAGUAGCAGAGGGGAAGGCCCCGUUUAUCCACCAAAAUAUCACCACGAGAAACCAACAACACAGCCUGCUUUUGCUGAUAGCAGAGAUCUGGCCGUGGAAAGUCCGACCCUCCUAUCAAGUCAUUCUAUCUCACUGGACACCGUCAGAAUCAGAGUAUCGGAGCUCCAGUAUUUCCUAUUUACUCGGCUUCACUCCAUAACCGAUGAAGAUCUAGCAGAAGCAAUAUUUUCACCCUUCAUUAUACCUGAGUCAAUCAACAAACCAACAGGCCCGCGAGCCAACAUAAUACAUCGUUUGAUCUACGCCUCUGAGUGCCUAUUGAGUCUCAUCUCGACCCUUUCAUUCUUGUGGACCAGUUGCGACGACCCAAAUGACAGCCCGCAGGCUUCGACACCGAAUCAGCAUGGACCAAAUUUUAAGAUCUCCAGCAGGCCCAAGUCCAAAUCCAGUUCUAUUUUGGCUCAGCAUCUUCAGGGUCGAGCCGGGCAAGGUCUACACGUGGAAGAUUCUGCUGAUGUGACCGAGCAUCAACACCCGUCCUCGACCUCGACAACCUCCAUGGUCAACCUCCCGACCGUAGCAACAAUCCUCACCUGUCACGUGGGGAUUCUGUCGGUUUAUCGAUCCGUAUUCUCCCGCAUCCACGACGCUCUGCGUACCUGCGGAGUCCCUUCGAGCGCCUACGAGGCGGACCUUGCAAGCCCGCAAAAGAAGGCCACGAUCACUUGUCCACCUUCACCUAAAAAGGAAAUGUUGCCGCUCAACACACCGUGUGUGCUGGGACUGCGGGUACAGCUCGAGAUGAUGACCCACAUGUUGGACCGAAUGAGAGCAGCAUGGGCCACGGCUAUGGAAGGUCACCCGAGCCACGAGGAUCAGCAGCAGGAACAGGAGAAAAGACAACAAGACCGGCUGUGGCUUCGUAGAAGAGCUACACUGGAGACUUUGAAAAGCAUGUUGGCGCUCCAGGGCCAUGAGCUUUCGUGUCAAGACAGUGGAAUGGGCAUCAGUGCUGUAGGAGACUUGGGUGACAAGAUUCGAAGGCUAUUGCGUAAUUGUGAUAAGGGGAUGUACUAG